AUGGCACGCGUUCCGAUUGUGGACGAGCCGCAGGCAUCCGAGGUGCCGGAGACGAUCAACGCGGCGCUGGAUCAAUUGCACCUGGACGACCUGGAGGACCCGAAGGAGGCUGCGCCUUCGGCUGAGCGGAAGGACGUGGGCGCUGCUGCCACGGCGGGGCCUAGCAGCAUGCCCCUCCAGCCCAACGGGCUGUUUCCGCCUCCGCCCCACCCGCAGAUGAUGAACCCGUUUUUGCCGUAUCCGCUGAUGCAUAUUCCGCACCACAACGGGUUCUUCCCCCCAGGCGAUGGGCCGAUCCUGCCGCUAGACUCGAGUGCAGCGGGCGACUUCGGCAACUCCAUAGUUCCGACUCCGCCGCAGACCUCGGGUCUCGAGGUUGUGCCGGAGCCGCUGUGGUCUGCCAGCCAGGACUAUCAGUUCAUACACGGGUAUCCCUUUGCCGAGGUGGCCGCAGGCAAAACAGGCAUUGCGCCCGUUGGCUCAGUGGCUGGCGCCUCGCUACAGGAGGACGAUCAGUUGCCGCGCAGUGUUCACGAACCAGGUGUGGCCCACAGGCGCCAAACGUUUGCUACUAUACCUAACCCAGAGCUAUUGAACGUGACGUCUGCCCCGCCGGCCGCGAUGUCGGGCUCUUCUGGCCCCACUGAAGAAAAGACGGUUGAGGGCGAGGCAAAGGAGGGCGAGUUCAACAAUCCGGGCUACCCGCAAGCCGCAUAUCCAUAUGGCGGGCCAUUGCUGCAACCGAACCCGGUGCUGCCUGGCCACCCGCCGCCCUCUGGACCGGGCCCAAACUACGGCCUGCCAUCGCCGUUCCCAGGAUAUGGGUUUACGUCGCCAUUUUCGCCGGUACCCGGGACCUCCCCGCUGGCCACGAGCCAGCAAGGAAAGGGCAUUCCGCCUCCGAACGGAAACGGCUCAUCAACGCCUAUUGAUGGAACCAACGGCUGGAUGUACCCUCCACACGGCAAUCACCCAUUUCCAGCACACCUCGUGCCACAUCCCCAAAUAAUGGGUGGACCCAGCGCCAGCCCUCACUACUUGAACGGGCCUAGGUCUCGCAACAACCACAGCGGAAAACGUGGCCACACGGGCGGGCAUCAGUCGAGCCAUGGUGGGGCCGGAACUGGCGAUAACCACAAGUAUCGAAAUGGAAACCACCAUCACCACCACAACCACCAUCACCAUAACCGCGCUGAUGAUGCCGCCCGCUACGCAGACGCAAAACUAGAGGACUACAUCGGGAAACUCUACUCGCUGUGCAAGGACCAGCAUGGCUGCCGCUUUCUGCAGCGCCAGCUCGAUGUAGCAGGGCCUGACGCCGCCACGUCGAUAUUCGAGGAAACAAAGCCCUACGUGGUGGAGCUCAUGACCGACUCCUUCGGCAACUACCUAAUCCAGAAGCUCGUUGAGCGCGUCAGCGCGGAGCAGAGGAUCACCCUCGUCAAGUCUUCCGCAGACCAAUUCGUGUCCAUUGCGCUUGACCCGCACGGCACGCGCGCGCUGCAGAAGCUCGUCGAGUGCAUCAGCACGGAGGAGGAGUCCCGCAUCAUCAUCGCCUCGCUCAAGAAUUCCGUCGUGCAGCUAAGCAAGGACCUCAACGGCAACCACGUCGUCCAGAAGUGCCUCCAGAAGUUCAGCUCGGCCGACUCCCAAUUCAUCUUCGACGCCGCCUGCGCAGACUGCGUCAAAAUCGCCACUCACCGCCACGGCUGCUGCGUCCUGCAGCGUUGCCUGGACUACGGCAGCGACCAGCAGCGCGACCAGCUCUGCGCCCAGGUCCUCGCCAACGUCGACGCCCUCACCCUCGACCCCUUCGGCAACUACGUUGUCCAGUACAUCCUGACCAAGGAGGCCGAGCUGCCCCCUCCCACCUACACCACCAAGAUCGUCGACACCCUCAAACCCCGCGUCAUCGAGCUCUCCCUCCACAAGUUCGGCUCCAACGUCGUCGAAAAGAUCCUGCGCACCUCCGCGGUCGCAGAGCUCAUGAUAUCCGAGCUGCUCGCCACCGGCGGCCAGCCCGGUGUCGAGCAGCUGCUCCACGACGGCUUCGGCAACUAUGUCCUCCAGACAGCCCUCGACGUGUCCAAGGCAGCCAAUUCCUUCCUCUACACCCGCCUCACCGACCUGCUGAAACCCGCGCUCGUGGGUCCGAUUCGGAACACCCCCCACGGCAGACGCAUCACGAGCAUUAUACAGCUCGAAUGA